AUGGCGGCCGAGGCUCGCCCGGCCACCGUGGCGCCGACGGCCGGCAUGCGACUGACAUUCACCUCAACCACACCUUCAGCCCUCUCACCUCCACCGUCACCGGUCCUCAAGGACAGCGUGACAGGCAACAUGCAGAUCAUUCCGCUCGCCGAGGACGAAACGCGGACGCCACAGCUGGUGUUCCUCACGGCGCGCGGCGGUGACGGCGGCCGCGGCGGCGAUGGCGGUCGUGGUGGAGAUGGCGGCACGGGGACCAGAGGCCGGGAUGCCACGCGUUACUCGAGCGGCACUAACGGAGGCCCCGGUGGCCAUGGCGGAGAUGGAGGCGAUGGCGCAGACGGAGGCACUGGCGGCGACGGCGGAAAUAUCUCGGUCAGCGUGGACGAGCGUGACAUGGACUUCGUCAUGCUCUACAGUCGGCCCAAUUUCUCUGGCGGCAUUGGAGGAAGCAGGGGACACGGCGGCAGUGGUGGCCACGGAGGAGCGGGCGGUGCCGGUGGUAGCUCCUACUCGUGGACCGAGUCGCAUACCCGGAGCAACGGCGAUGGCACCUCAAGCACCUACACAACCCACCACUCCAACCCGGGCGGGUACUCUGGCCCGAGCGGCAGCUCCGGCAGUCGCGGACGAGACGGAUCUGACGGACGAAACGGCGCCACUGGCAGCUACGCCAUCAAAGUCAUCAAGAAUGGCGACUGCAAGGUCUACCAUUCGCCGUAUGAGCUCCGGACCAUCCAAUACGAAAUCCAGGCACGUGACUACAACGACGACGGUAUCAUCGAGCCCGAUGACGAUCUGCGAGUGACCUUCACGGUGACCAACAACGGCGGCAUGCCGACGCCCGUGCACCAGUUCAUCAAGCUCUACCUCCAGUCCAACACCUGGGUGGCCUUCGACAACGACGCCGACCAUCACAAGAUCACGCGCAGCCUGGCCGUGGGCGAGAGCUACACGGUGCGCAACAUGCGCGUGCGGGUGAAGGACAUCGACGCGCCGCGCGUGGGCAAGCGGCUGCGCGAGGUGGCGCGGCUGGACUACCGCGGGUUGGUGCAGCGGGUCAAUCGACUGCUGCCGGGCUUCCGCGCGCAGGUCGAUCCCUUCGUCGUCCAGUUCCCCGUCCUCAUCUCUGCCGUGGAGGGAUUGAGGACGAUCACGAUGGAGGAGGAGGCGCCGGUGACCUUCAGCGUGAAGAACAUCUCCAACCAGCCAAUUGGUUCCAAGUGCGGUCGGCCAGUGGAGGCCUACCUGGGCAUCGCCGAGAACUUCAAGUUGCAGACCAACGACAUGGUGUUCCGCAACCGCAAGGGAAAGGUGCGGCCCUUCCUCGAGGGUCUCCUCAAGCAGGUCAAGCGCCUCGAACCCGGCGCCCUCACCUACAUCUCCGGGACGAUGGCGUUCAACAACGAGGACCUGCCGGCCUACGUGCACGGCGAUCUCACGGCCUAUCUCAAGCUAAGCGGCAUGCGGCCGGAAAACAGGGACCAGCUGCGGUGCAUCCAGCAGCGUCUGUUCUCGCUGCAGCUGGCGGAGCCCUACAGGGCCAAGGAGAACGUUGAUGUGCUCCUGGUCACCAACACCAACACCACCCACGAGGAGGUGAAAGCGUGGGAGCGUUUGUUGGCCAAUGUGGGACUGCCCAACGUCACUUCUUGGAAUCUGUCGCUCUACGAGGGCGUGUCGUUCACCUACCGACGUCUCGAUGGUGGCACGCUGAUUGAAGACAUGAAGGGCAAGCUGGUGAUCUUCCUCAACAACAACUACACGCGCGGCGCCGAGGACUCCAAGGAGGCCAUCACCGACCUCCCCGCUCGCGAGCUGUACUUGCUGGUGAGGGACGCUGGGAUCCGCACGUACGUGGUGGGCCAGUUCAUCUCGGACGUGCUGCAGAACCGCAUCCUGCCCUUCCCGGAGAAGACGCAGAGCGACUAUGUGAGCGUGAAGGAGGUUCUCACGCGGCGGCGCGAGGACGAGGGCGAAUUGCCGCCGGGCACCAGCGAGAGCAAGUUCGCCAAGAAGAAGCGCGCCCGCAAGCUCAAGCGCGACAAGAUGCUCAAGGUGAACCAGGACGACGACACCACCGAGCUCGAGGAAGCCGCGCCGGCCAAGAAGAGCAGCAAGAAUAGCAAAAAGGGCAAGAACAAGGUGGACGACGACGAAGACGAUCAAGCCGAGGCCAAGGAGGGAGCGUGGAGGGACGCAGCUGAGAUCAAGAAGUACACCGAGGGCUACACCUUCUUGAGGCCGCGAACGAGGCACUUGGAGAAGCGGGCCAAGCGGGUGGCCAACCACCUGGAGAAGCACCUGCCCAACGAAAGGAACGUGGCCGUGUACCACUUCGAGCCCGUCCUCAUCAAGAAGGGCUUCCUCCGCAAGCGCUACGACCUCGGCACUGUGGCGGUGCACCGAGCGUUGGACAGAACCGAGACGUCGAUCUCCUCCUUCGGCCGCGGCGAUGCCGAGCUGCACCAGGCCGACCUCAUCGAGGACUCGUCGCAGCACGCCUUCCACGUGCUCAAGAUCCUGCCCUUCGAGCGCAAGCUCGCCGUGGCCAUCAACAUCCUGGCCCAGCACGGCGACCGCGACAACGGCCGCCUCUAUAUCGAGGCGCUGAAGAAGGCGAUCCUGGCCGACCUGACGGACGAGCAGGUGGUCUACCGCCUCCACUCCUGGAGCGGACCCUUGCCUUCGGGCAAGAUCAAGAAGAAGCUCAAGAAGCUGCAGCAUCUGUGCAAUGUGAAGUCGCCUGUCGAGCUCGCGGCGCUCGGUCAGGGCAACCGAUUGAUCGUGGAGCUCCUGGUCGAGUUCGAAGUGCUCCUCAAGAAGCUGCCCAAGUGGUACGACAAGAUCUGGUUCAGGAGGAGGCAACGGAUCGUCACGUCGGUGUCGCUCGACAUCGUCAACCAAUGGCUUCGCAAGUGCGGCGUGACCAGCACGCCGAGCGCCGAGCUGAAGGGCCUGCGCCGGGAGCGCAUGAGGGCCGAGAGGAGGACCGCGCGCGACCACCUCCUCAGCGAGUUCGUGCGACCGGCCAGCGGCGUCGCUCCUGGAUCGCAGUACGUGCAGGACAACUGGUUGAAGGUUGGCAAGGUCAUGACCAAGGCCGACUUCGAGGCGCGGCGGCCGCAGGAGCAGCCCGACGUGGUGCUCAAGGAGGUGCGGAGCGUGUUCAAGAGCGACGAGGAGCGCGAGCGCGCCAUCGGCAAGCUGGAACGGUUCCGGGAGGGCAUCAAGAAGAGCCUCCAGAGCCACGACACCACCGUCGGCAAGGGCAAGGAGCGCAUCUAA